AAGAUCUGAGUGUGCUCCGCUUGCCACUCCAUUGUGCAGGCCCAGGAGUGGUGUUAGGUGGCCCGUUGCCAUCAAGCAGGCCACCUCCUGUUUGCGAGUCAUCUGUGCCAAGAGAUCUUCCACAAUGGUGAAGCCCAUCUACGAAUCGUAAAGCGAGUCAUCUGUGCCAUCUACGAAUGGUGAAGAUCUUCCGCAAUAGGUCUUCCACAAUGGUGAAGCCCAUCCACGAAUCGUAAAGCGAGUCAUCUGUGCCAAGAGAAAGUUGGGAGACGUGGAGCGUCUCAACGCCACUUGCGGCCCCAUCCGAACGAGCAAGAGAGACCAUGGGAAACGCCGGCUUUGUCGAGUUGCUACCUCGGAGAUUCCAGUCUAACGUCGGGUAUCCCGAUAAGGGCUUAUUUAUCCAUCUUUCUGUCUCCCAAACCAGACCAGGAAGAAGAAGAAGAAGAAGAAGAAGAAGAAGAAGAAGAGCAAUGAAGGGAACGUUGUGUCACGAGCUGGAGGUCGGCCUCCCUGCAGGCCAAGUCUGGGAGGUCUACGGCACGCUGCGGCUGGCUCAGCUGGUGGUGGAAUUGGUUCCUAACGUCAUCCAAAAGGUGGAUAUCGUCGAAGGAGAUGGUGGCGUCGGUACGGUUCUGCACCUCACCUUCCCCACCGGAACAAGUGGUGGUCCACAGUUCUACAAGGAGAAGUUUGUGAAGAUUGACGACGAGAAUCGAUUGAAGGAAGCCAUCGUGGUGGAAGGAGGAUACCUGGAAAUGGGGUUUCUGUCCUUUCUAGUUCGUUUCGAGAUCAUAGACAAGGAUGAGGGAGUCUCUUCCAUCAUCAAAUCCACCAUCGAGUACGAGGUUGACGAAGAGCACGCAGGUAAUGCUUCUCUCGUCACCACCGCGGCGGUCGCGGCGAUCGCUGAAGGUGUUUCUGGCUAUCUCAUGAAGGAGAAAAGUGGUGCUUCAAACUGAGGCCUGUAUGGAAUAUAAUUGCAAUGGUUUCUGAAUCGUAAUAAAGAGAAAAAUAAAAGAGAAAAUAUUGGGAAACAAAUGGGGCAUUCCGAGAAUUGAACUCGGGACCUCUCGCACCCUAAGCGAGAAUCA